AUGGUAAAGUCUGACAGAGCUCAACGCAUUCCAACGGAAUUCAAGGACGUGGUAUGGUUGGGUAUGUUAACGAACAUUAAGAGAGUUCUUGGAGUAUUUGUCGUUAUAAUAGAACUUGAACAAUUUAUCAGAGGGCGAUAUAAUUCGGGAAGAUUUUCCACAAAACAUAAUGAUGUAGAUGGCGUUCCUAUCGUAAAGACGUUUGGUAUGUCGAUUUGGAAAGGUAGAAAAAUUUUAUCUUAUAUCGGUGUUUAUUGGGGAAAAAACAAUUCUUGGAAUCGAUUUAAAGAUGAUGGACGUGACGGUGUUAAAGAAAAGAUCAUUCGGCUCAUAAAGACAUUUUGUGAGCGCACAUCGGCCCAGUGUGUCUAUGAAGAAUCAAAAAUUGCAGCUGAAUUAGAAGCGUUCAUUCUUGUUUUAAAACAGGCAAUAUUUGAGUUGGAUCUUUCGCAAAUAAUUAUUGCUACAGGAUCCAAAUAUAUUUGUGAUUCGUUAUCAAGGUAUCUUUCCAGAUGGAUCAGAAACGGAUUUAUGACAGUUGGAGGGAAAACAGUUAAACACGCCGACAAAUAUGAGGAACUUUAUAAUCUUUUCUGUAUGAUCGAUGUUGAUUCUGCUCGAUCAAAUGCGCCGUGGCUGGAAAUCCAUCGUGAUCAAACAAAUGUUGGAAAUGGAUCUGAAUUGAUUAGGAUAAUUAAAUGUUAUAGUGGAUUUGUUACUACUUCUCCAAGCAAAGCAAUCUCUUCACUUGAAGCAGGAUCCACUUAUGAUGCACCAUCUGACACCAAUAAAAAAUUUGUUAAUGGAUAUGGAGCAAAGAGAUCAAUUAGUGGUUUUUGCAAAAAAAAUUAUGAGCGUGGUUUUACAGAUGUGUCCGACCAGUCUCUUGGUGCUGAUAUUCCAACUGUUUACACGUGUGGUAUUGUGGCUAAAGACUGUAAAGGUGAUAUCUUUCGUGCUGGUUGCGGUAACGCUUGGUCUAAUGUAAAUGCAGCUUGUAGAAGUCAACGCUUGUCCAUGUAUCCAGCAACUUUAUUUCGGGCACGCUUACAAGCUAUAAUUAUUGCCUUAGAAAAUGCCGUCUUUAAUGAAUAUUCAAGUGUCUUAGUGUAUACGGAUAGCUUUGUCUUCUUGAAAGGCUUUGAGCAGCACUGGAUGAAGAAAAAUGGAAUGCUAAUAAAAAAUUAUCCGCAGUAUAAGCGGAUUGUCAGAUUGGCAAGUAAAUUACAAGUCAGUUUUAAAUUAGCUGAUAUGGAUUGUGCACAGUAUUUGAUUGCUCAGAGAUUGGCUAAUUUUGGAUUAGAAAAACCUAUGGUCAAAAAAUUGAGGAAGAGGAAAAAGGUUUCUGCGACGUUUCUAAAUUCUGUUGAGAAUUUUGGACGCUCUGUUUCAUUUCAAGGCAAUGAAUUCAAUGGGAAUAGGAUGCAACUUUUUCAAAAAAUCAAAUUGCAGGUAUCAUUAAGGAAAAAAACUUAUUCUUUGACUCUGAAAACGUCGGCAGUAUUAUGGCAUUCAAUACGGGAUCUCAGUUCGCAAGAAACAUGUGAACUGAAGUAG